AUGAAUCUGCACAACCCAACCCAAGUCUCCGACGAAGAAGCAAACCUCUUCGCCAUGCAGCUAGCCAACGCUUCUGUUCUCCCUAUGGUGCUCAAAGCAGCCCUUGAGCUUGACCUCCUUGAGAUCAUGGCGAGAGCAGGGCCUGGCGUAUUCGUUUCUCCGGCGGACUUAGCUUCGCAGCUACUGACCAAUAACCCUGACGCCCCCGUUAUGCUGGAUCGCAUGCUGCACCUCCUGGCUAGCUACUCCAUCCUCACUUACUCCCUCCGCACGCUUCACGACAGCAAUGUCGAGCAGUUGUACGGCCUCGGCCCCGUCUGCAAGUUCUUGACAAAGAACGAGGAUGGUGUUUCCAUUGCCCCUCUCUGCCUCAUGAAUCAGGACAAGGUCCUUAUGGAGAGCUGA